GAUGUCAAACGUAUGCUUGAUAAUUCACGUCUUUACAAUGGUGAUAAUCAUGUGAUCACAGACGCUGCGAAGAAGAUGUUUGAAUUGGCUUCGAAGCGACUUGUAGAAAAAGAACAACAAUUGAUGAAGCUAGAGAAGGCUAUUAAUCCUCUUUUGGAUGACAAUGAUAGAGUUGGAUUCGGUUUUGUCCUUGAAAAAAUUGUCCAAGCUUGCAAAAAUAUCCCGAAAUCCGUUCCGUUCCAUACGCGAGUGGAUGCAAAGAAGGUGCCAUUCUACUACCAAAAGAUCACAAAACCUAUGGACCUUGGCACGAUCGAGCAAAAUGUGAAAGCUCAUCACUAUGUGACUGUUGAAGAAUUCAGAAAUGAUAUCCAUCAGAUCAUGAUUAACUCGGAACUGUACAAUGGUCCUGCUGAAAAAUCAUCCUAUACUGCGAAAGCGACAGAGAUUGUCGCUCUUGCUGAUAAAAUGCUAGCUGAAAAUUCUGUUCAGCUAUCCGAGCUUGAAGCAAAUAUUAACGGGUUUGAUCUUAACAUCGGUGAAGUUGAACCAGAAAUCGAAGAUGCCAUGGCCAAUGAU